AUGGCGGCGGAACCACCAAGACGCGGAGAUCAUGCAAGGCAAUCAUUUUCCAACGAGGAAUACGCAGAUAUCUUUUAUCUCUAUGGAUAUUGUGACGGUGACGCUGCAGCUGCUCGCCGUGAAUACCUACAGCGCUACCCUAAUCGCCGACCACCCCAUGUCACAGUGUUUAGUGCAGUGUAUCGUAGAGUACGAGGGACUGGAAAUGUUCAAAGGCAACAACGUGAUGCUGGCAGGCCAGGUGGCAUACCCCGUAUACCGCGUGCGGAAGAUGAAGAAAUUUUGAGUAAAUUUCAAGAAGAUCCAACCACUUCCACGAACAUAGUUGCUCGUCGCUUAGGUGUAUCGCAGUGGAAGGUCUGGUCUACUGUGCAUACUGCGGGGCUUUAUCCGUACCACUACACACCAGUGCAUGUGAUGGAAGAAGGAGAUCCAGUUAGAAGAUUGGAUUUUUGUAGAUUUAUGUUGAACGCAGAUGCAGAAGAUCCAAUGUUUUUUAGAAAAAUAUUGUGGACUGAUGAGUCGAAGUUCGAUCAAGACGGUAUUACAAAUUACCAUAAUUUACAUUUUUGGGCUCCAAAAGAGCAAAGAAAUCCUGGAAAAAAGAGACCUUCUAAAUCACAAAGAAGAUUUUCACUAAAUGUUUGGAUGGGGAUUAUUAACGACAAUUUAAUUGGGCCUUAUUUUCUGCCAAACUAUUUAAACGGCGAAAAUUAUGAAACAUUUUUAAGGGAGGACUUAUCCGGAUUGUUACACGAUAUUCCUCUCGCCACAAGGCAAAACAUGUGGUAUCAACAUGAUGGGUGUCCUGCGCACUGUCGUGUAACUGUGCGACGAUGGCUGGACGAAAAUUAUCGACAUCGGUGGAUUGGCAGAGGAGGACCAAUUCCAUGGCCAGCAAGGAGUCCUGACAUAACACCGAUGGAUUAUUAUGUCUGGGGGCACAUGAAGAGCAUUGUGUACUGCGACAAUGUGCCAGUGCCGACCCUUGAUCAACUGAGAGACCGCAUUAUCAACGCGACAAACGACAUAAGACGAACAUUAACCUCAAACGUUAUUAAAAGCGAAUUAAGAAAACGAAUGCGUGUCUGUAUACGGAAUAGGGGCUCCCAUAUUGAGCAAAAUUUGUAA